AUGUUUCGAUCGGGAUUAAGGCUAACGAGAGGACGUGGAGGGCAGAACGCCUUCUCGAUCACACGGAUUGUUCAUCUUUUCCAAAAUCAGUUGAUUUUGGUUUUGUGCCUCGCAGAGAUUGCUUUUGGGCAGAUCCGCUAUUCCGUCCCCGAGGAGAUGAAAAGGGGUUCGUUCGUGGGUAACAUAGCUCAGGAUUUGGGGAUCGACCCGAAAAGAAUGAAAUCUGGCAGCGCACGCAUUGUAAGCAGCGACAGCAGUGAGUACAUUGAGCUACAUUUAGACAAAGGGAUUCUGGUUGUCAGAGAGAGGAUAGACAGAGAACAGCUAUGCGGUCAAACGACCCCGUGUAGUUUGAGCUUUGAAGUGAUAAUGUCGAAUCCGAUGCAGUUGCACAGCGUUGUGGUGGAAAUAUUAGAUGUUAACGAUAACGCUCCGCUCUUUACUGAGAAUGAGAUUAAAUUAGAAAUUUCUGAAUCAGCUCUACCGGGGACGCUUUUUUUACAAGAGAGCGCCACAGAUCCCGAUGUUGGCAUUAAUGCGCUACAGAGCUAUUCAUUGAACCCAACAACUCAUUUUAAUAUUAAAAUUCAGACCAGCCCAGAUGGCAGUAAAUACGUGGAGAUGUUUCUGCGUGCGCCUUUAGACAGAGAGAAGGAGGAUAGCCUAGUGCUAACACUGACUGCAGUGGAUGGCGGGGAGCCGCAGAGGUCUGGCACGGUGAGAAUAAGCAUUUUGGUUCUUGAUGCGAACGACAACGUACCAGUUUUCACGCAGUCAGUAUAUAAAGCGGACGUCAUGGAAAACGCACCCAAAGGCACUCUGGUGACAGCCGUAAGUGCCGCAGAUGCGGACGAUGGUUUGUAUGGUCACGUGACUUAUCAUUUCGCUCGCAUUUCCUCUGAGAUUGUAGAACUGUUUGCACUGGACGAAACCAACGGUGAAAUAACCGUGAGGGGAGUCAUUGACUAUGAAAAAAACAAACAUUAUGAACUAAGCAUCCAGGCGAAAGAUCAAGGGGGGCAUAUGGACUCCACAAAAUUAAUUAUUGACGUUACUGAUGUAAACGACAACACUCCUGUGAUAGCGCUUACCUCGUUCUCCAGUCCGAUCUCUGAAGACUCUGUUAGUGGCACGACUGUCGCCAUUAUUAAUGUGAAAGAUCCGGAUUCGGGCAUAAAUGGACAAAUAGACUGCUCAAUCAAUAAACACGUCCCAUUUACAAUUAAGUCCACUUUAAAAAACUAUUAUACUCUUCUGACCGAGGGGCCGUUGGACAGGGAGCGCAAUGGCGAAUAUAAUAUCACAUUUACAGCUGUGGAUAAAGGAACACCUCCGCUUUCCAGCAACAAAACCGUCACACUAAAAAUAUCCGAUGUGAACGAUAACGCGCCUGUUUUUGAGCGCAGCUUCUACACUGCCCGUGUGAUGGAAAACAAUGUGCCAGGGUUGUCUGUUUUUUCAGUACAAGCGCGUGACUCUGAUUGUAAUCAGAAUGCUCGAAUAUCCUACUUAGUUGUAGAUUCUGAGGUCGGCGGGAUUCCGGUGUCAUCCUACUUUUCCGUGAACUCUGAGAACGGAGUCAUCCAUGCCCUGCGCUCUUUUGACUACGAGAAGAUAAAGGCUUUCCAGUUUCGCGUAAAAGCGCAAGAUGGGGGCUCUCCUCCACUGAGUAGUAAUGUGACGGUUAAAAUCUUUAUCCAAGACCAGAACGAUAACGCCCCUCAGAUUCUCUACCCAGUACAGACUACUGUCUCUGCUGAAAUCGUUCCUCCUUCAGCAGAAGUUGGCUACCUUGUAACUAAAGUUGUCGCUGUUGAUGUGGACGCCGGACAGAAUGCAUGGCUCUCGUAUAAACUGCUAAAGGCGACAGACAGAGCGCUGUUUGAAGUGGGCCCACAGAAUGGAGAAAUACGAACUUUACGCCAGGUCACUGAUAAAGAUGCAGUGAAGCAAAGGCUUACUGUUGUAGUGGAGGACAACGGACAGCCCUCUCUAUCGGCUACAGUGAAUGUGAACGUAGCGUUGGCGGAUAGCUUCCCGGAAAUGUUGUCUGAAUUCAGUGACUUUACGCACGACAAGAAUUACAAUGACAACCUGACGUUUUAUUUAGUCAUGGCCUUGGCUGUAGUGUCUUUCCUCUUCAUAUCUUCAUUAGUAGUAAUCAUAUCAGUGAAAAUCUACAGAUGGAGACAAUCCCGAAUCUUCUAUCAAUCCAAUCUGCCAAUCAUUCCAUACUAUCCACCCCGUUACGCAGACGCUGGAGGAACAGGGACUCUACAGCACGUUUAUAAUUACGAGGUGUGCAGGACCACAGACUCCAGAAAGAGUGACUGUACGUUUAUGAGACCUUGUAGUCAGAGCGUUUUAAUGCUGGACCCCAGCUCUACAGAGACAAUGCAGCACGUGCAGAAAGAAGAGCAUCUCCUGGGAGAUUCUGACUCUUCAGCCGAGGUGAGAUUAUAA